AAAAACGUCUUUGAAGGCGGGGCUAAUAAUGCAGCGUCCAGGGGUGAGAGUUCAGAGGGCAAGGGAACAAGCAUGGCGUCAAAUGGAGGUUUGGGCUCUUUGGGGGCUGAAGGGGCAAUGUCAGCAGCCCAUGCUCUGUCAUUGCCAGCAGAGGCCUAUGGAAAUGAUCCACAACUAGAAAUGAUGUGGGCAAUGAAAGCCUUUCAACAUGCAGAAAUAUAUUUUAAUCUCAUCUCUUCUGUAGAUCCAAAAUUCUUAAGGCUGACAAAAGCAGAUGACAACAUUUAUAAGGAAUUUAGGGAGAAGUUUCCCAAUUUAAAUAUUCAUAUUCUGGAUCCAGAAGAGCUUAAAUCAGAGCAAGCCAAAGAGGAGUGGAGGCCUUUCUGUAUGCAGUUUGAUGGAACUGUUGAAGAUUACAACUAUGGUACACUGCUGAGACUGAACAGUGAAAAGGAUUACACGGAAGAAAACACUAUUUUUGCCACAAGGAUCCAGUUUUAUGCCAUAGAAAUUGCCAGGAAUCGUGAGGGAUACAACAACACAGUUUUCCAGAGAUCAUCUAAAGUUAAGAUAAACAGCAAACCAGAGGGUGACAGCUGAUGCAGAGCCUUAUUGGAAAUGUUUUUCCCUCUCCCAUUGGUUUCAUUGACUUUUUUUCUGAAAAGAGCCUGUUUAAAAUCCCAAUAAGAAGUUUUGAAAAAUUUCAUGUAUUCCAAAGAAAGGAUCCCCCCCAACUAUGCCAACUUUAUUUUGAAGAGAUUGGUGACUUGUUUCUCAUGUUAUAAAAUACAUGCAUGGUUUAAAGAAGAAUGAAGGAAAUCAAGAGUUUGCAUACAUUCUACAAGGAGAAAAUGAACAUGUGGUACUGGGACAGUUUACUUCUUUUUCUUUUUUAAUUCUAAUUCUCAUUUUUGGUGCCAUUUCAUUCUGUUAAUUUCACCGAGUUUGUGACCUGGUAUAUAAAUACUACAGUUUCUGAAUCGGACCAUACACAAAUGUUGUAUACUAUUAGGUCAGUGACUGGCCCAAAUAGAACACCAGGUCAUUUUAUACCUCCAGGGGACUGUUUACCUUUGCAGUUUAUUCAUUCAACUCAUUUUGGAAUACUGUGUUGCUUCUUGUCAUGUCAACUCGGCAUUUAACUUGUGUGCUCAGUGCUGAACAUGCAGCUAUUCUCUAUCUACACUGUUAACUUUUUACCAUCUAACAGUGAAUGAUAAACUUCUAGAAAGUGCCAUCAAUGUUCCAUGAUUUUUUAGGAAUUACAAAUCAUCAGGUAGUAAAUUCCUUGUCAUAUAUUGAAAAUUCCUAAAUGUAGAAGUUUUAUUUUUGUAAGUUAAACAUGAAAAAUGUAACAUUGCAAAAAUAAUAUUACUUAUCAAGUAUAUUUUAGUGUCAUUAAUUAACUGCUGUCAUAUACAGGACAACACAGGUCAUAUGACAAUGGGGUAAUUUGACAAGAUGACAUCAUUUAUUUACCAACUUGAAACCUGAGUUUAUUGCUCUCUUCCUUCUCAUACUAAUCUAUUUCUUAUUUGAAGUUUGCUGUGCAGGAAGUAACCUGCAUGUCUUAAUUUUAUAACGCAUUUUUCAGGGUAAUAGGUCUUAAACAUGGGCUUGGUUGACUCCUGUGGCUGCCACCAAUUCCUACUUCAAACUGACGUCUCAUCUGAAUUAAAGAUAUUUUUAUUUCCCA